CGAAUUUAGUAAAAAUAUAAUAAUAUCACGGGACAAAUGUUAUGCCUAAAAUUUGACACAUAUAAAAACCAUAUGAAACCCACUAACAAAACAGUGCAUCAUCUCCCUCAUGUCUUCGUCUCGAUCACAACACAUGUCUUCUUCUUCUUCUUCUUCUUCUGUUUGGCUACUUCAACACAUGAAGCUGAAAUUCUUCACCCGAAUUCGCUGCCUCUUGAAAAACGGAGCACCCAGAAAACGAACCCUUCAAUCUUCGCCGGAAAAACCAAGAACCACCCAUCAAGAUUCCGGCCAAGCCUCGCCGGGGGCGGCCGCGGGAAGAUCGGAGGACGGUCGUAUCGAUGAGACGGUGGUGUUGCAGAGGACGGUGAAGAAGCUUCACUUCGGGAGCUGGGAAGAGAAGGAAGCCGCCGCCGGAGAGAUAGAGAAGCUCGCCGGAGAAGACGAGAAGUCGCGGCGGCUGAUGGCGGAGCUCGGCGUUAUUCAGGUUCUUGUUUCCAUGGUGGCUUCGGAGGUGGCCGGCCGCCGGAGAGCCGCCGUGAGGGCUCUUAUUCAGCUCGCUCUCGGAACCUGCACGAACAAGGCACUGAUGGUGAAUGCUGGAAUCUGUUCAAAGCUUCCGAAAAACAUCGAAGCCCUCGACCAACCAUCGAGGCAUGAAUUGGCAGAGCUUCUACAUUUGUUGUCUUCUCCAGCAAAUUCUCAGUUCCCCGUCGCUUCGUCAGAGAUUCUGCCAUUUCUGAUUGAAACCAUGAACUCUGAUUCUACCGACAUCAAGACCAAAGAGACUUGCCUGGCAACCGUGAACAAUCUGUCUGUCGUGCUGGAAAACUCGGGACCUUUGGUCUCCAACAGAGGGGUGCAAACCCUACUGCGCUUGAUGUCCGUAAAAGAGUUGUCCGAGAAAGCCUUGGCGACUUUAGGACAACUGGCCGUGACCCAGAUGGGGAAAAAGGCGAUGGAAGAUAGCUUGCUCGUCCCAGAGAGUCUCGUCAAGAUUCUGACGUGGGAAGAUAAACCAAAAUGCCAAGAACACUCGGCUUAUAUCUUGAUGGUAUUGGCUCAUCAGAGUUGGAGCCAACGCGAAAAAAUGGCCAAGGCAGGGAUAGUGCCGGCGCUUCUCGAGGUGAGCCUGCUCGGAAGCCCAUUGGCUCAAAAGAGAGCCAUGAAGUUGUUGCAAUGGUUCAAGGACGAGAGACAUGUACGGAUGGGACCACAUUCAGGCCCACAAACGGGCCGGGUCAGCCCGGGAAUCGGGUCACCGAUGAGCCCGAGAUCGGCCGGAGAAGGUAAGAGGAUGAUGAAGAACCUGGUGAGGCAGAGUUUGCAUAAGAACAUGGAGAUGAUAACACGAAGAGCGAAUGCGAACGUGGAGACUGAAGCCUCAAUGCUUAAGUCUUUGGUCAUUAGUACAAGCUCUAAGAGCUUGCCUUAUUGAUUUUUUUUUUUUGGUGGUUUCCGAAUUUUGGUUGUGAAUAAAAAAUAUAAAUAAAUGCAAGCAAUGGUUUCUUGUUGCAUUGAUAA